CCAUCAUCUUCGCGAUUCGCAUCAACAAUCAAUUGCACAUUUUUCAUGUCAAGUCGCCGACUCUAGUACGAUGGAUGACGAACUGUUCGACGUCUUCGACGAUAAGCCGCAGGCUCCCGUCGCGGAAAAGCCAAAGAGGAGCAAAAAGUCCAAAGACAAGAAGAGGAAGAGAAAUAGCAAUGGAGAGGUCAAGAAAGUUGCUGAAGAUGGAGCUCCGGAUGAGGAGAUGGCCGAAGCAGAACCUGUUCCAGAAGUUGAACCGGAGCAGCCUGCAAGCCAUACUUUGAUUGAAAAAAAAGAUACCAAGCGACGUCGAAUGGACCAGGAAGCUGCGCCAGUUGUCACGGAUACCUUCGAAACUGCGCAAUCGAGAGAGGUUGCUGCCGCGGCAGGACUUCAAGCAAAGGACGAUGGCGCUUUGGUCAUUCAACACAAUAUUCAACAUCAAGUCUCUCUCCCCCCAGAUUACGACUACGUCCCUAUAUCCCAGCACAAGUCACCCGAUGUCCCUGCGCGAACAUGGCCAUUCGAGCUCGAUCCCUUCCAAAAGGUUUCGAUCGCCUCGAUAGAACGAAACGAGAGUGUGUUGGUCUCUGCUCAUACCAGUGCUGGAAAGACUGUGGUCGCAGAAUACGCCAUUGCUCAAUGCUUGAAGAACAACCAGAGAGUUAUCUAUACUAGUCCAAUCAAGGCACUCAGUAAUCAGAAAUACCGAGAGUUUGCGGCCGAGUUUGGAGAUGUUGGACUUAUGACUGGAGAUGUUACUAUCAACCCUACAGCUACAUGUCUGGUCAUGACAACUGAGAUUUUGCGUUCCAUGUUAUACAGAGGUUCAGAGAUUAUGCGGGAGGUUGCUUGGGUUGUAUUCGACGAGAUUCAUUACAUGAGAGACAAGUCGAGAGGUGUGGUCUGGGAAGAAACUAUCAUCUUGUUACCGGACAAGGUUCGCUAUGUCUUUUUGUCGGCUACGAUUCCCAACGCUAUGCAAUUUGCAGAAUGGAUUACGAAAACCCAUCAACAACCAUGCCACAUUGUGUACACAGACUUCCGGCCGACCCCACUCCAGCAUUACUUCUUCCCUGCUGGGGCUGAUGGAAUUCAUCUGAUUGUUGAUGAAAAAGGCAACUUCCGAGAGGACAAUUUUCAGAAAGCCAUGGCAACUAUAGAGGACAAGAAGGGAGCAGAUCCAGCCGACAUAAACGCAAAGCAGAAGGGUCGAGGUAAGAAUAAGAAGACAAAUACUGGUGGUAACAAAGAUAAUAGCGACAUCUACAAGAUCGUACGAAUGAUUAUGUUGAAGCACUAUAACCCUGUCAUCGUCUUUAGUUUCAGCAAACGAGAGUGCGAGGCCUAUGCUCUACAAAUGAGCACCAUGGCCUUCAACGACGAUUCGGAAAAAGCCAUGGUGACCAAGGUUUUCGAAAGUGCCAUCGAAUCACUAUCAGAAGAUGAUAGAACUCUCCCACAGAUUCAGCACAUCCUGCCAUUGCUACGACGAGGUAUUGGUGUUCAUCACUCUGGACUUCUGCCAAUUUUGAAGGAAACGAUCGAAAUCUUGUUCCAGGAGAAUUUGAUCAAGGUGUUGUUCGCUACGGAGACUUUCUCUAUUGGUUUGAAUAUGCCUGCCAAGACGGUAGUCUUCACCAGUGUCCAAAAGUUUGACGGGCAAGCGAUGCGAUACUUGACACCUUCUGAGUUCGUACAAAUGUCUGGGCGUGCGGGUCGAAGAGGUCUAGAUGACAGAGGAAUUGUUAUCAUGAUGAUCAACGACAAGAUGGACCCUCCGACUGCCAAGGAAAUUGUUCGAGGGGAACAGGACAAGCUCAAUUCUGCAUUUUAUCUUGGUUACAAUAUGAUCCUCAACUUAAUGCGAGUCGAAGGAAUCUCACCAGAAUUCAUGCUGGAGCACUGUUUUUACCAAUUCCAGAACACAUCAGGUGUUUCGGGUCUUGAGAAGGAUCUUCAUGAUUUGCAGAUUGAACGAGAUAGCGUUGAAAUUCAAGACGAGGCCAUUAUUAAGGAUUAUUACGACCUCCGAAAGCAACUCGAUACCUAUACAAAGGACAUGCGCGACGUCAUCAACCACCCAAACUACUGCCUGCAAUUCAUGCAGCCAGGAAGAGUUGUUCAUAUCAAGUUCAAUGAUCACGAUUUUGGAUGGGGUGCUGUCGUCAAGUUUACCCAGCGGAAACCAGGAAAGGGAGAAAGUAAUGACAGCAUUCCACCACAACAAUCAUAUAUCUUGGACGUGCUGUUAGUGGUCUCUGAUAAUUCCGCUAAAGUAGGCGGCGCCACCACAACCGAUCUUCCUUCUGGUGUCUCACCCUCAGAUGAGAAUGAUAAAGGCAAAAUGGAGAUCGUCCCGGUAUUUUUGUCGUGCAUUGCAGCGAUCGGCCAUGUUCGCAUAUUCUUACCGAAAGAUCUCAACCCAGUUAGCGAGAGAAAUACGGUUCGGAAAUCUCUCGAAGAAGUCCAACGCAGAUUCCCUGACGGAAUUGCUAUUUUGGACCCCAUUGAUAAUAUGGGCAUCACAGAUGCUUCUUUCUUGAGAUUACUUCGCAAAAUUGAAGUCCUCGAGUCUCGUCUACUAUCGAACCCUCUCCAUAAUUCUCCUAGAUUGACGGAGCUUUUCAAUCAGUAUGGCGAGAAGAUGAAGAUCGGCACCAAGAUCAAGGAUAAGAAGAAGGCCAUCACAGCCGCCUUGAGUAUCAUGCAAUUAGACGAGCUCAAGUCCCGGAAGCGUGUUCUACGUCGGUUGGGUUUCAUCAACGACCAAGAGGUGGUGGAGCUAAAGGCACGUGUGGCAUGUGAGAUAUCCACAGGUGAUGGUCAUGAAUGUCUUCUUGCCGAGCUGCUUUUCAAUAGAUUCUUUAACGAAAUGACACCCGAGGUAUGUGCCGCUGUACUCUCCUGCUUCAUUUUCGAAGAGAAGAGUCAGGCACCGCCUCUGAAAGAAGAACUAGCAAGGCAUUUUAAAGACAUUCAAACCCAGGCAAGAAUCAUUGCCAAAGUCAGCCAGGAGAGUAAAUUGAAGGUCAACGAGGAUGAGUACGUUGAGAGCUUCAAAUGGCAACUUAUGGAUGUUGUUUUUGCGUGGGCCAAUGGAAAGCCUUUUUCUGAAAUCUGGUAAGUCUUCAAUUGCAUUAUUCACACCUGUUCUCAGCUAACAAUUUCACCAGUAAAAUGACAGAAGUUUACGAGGGUUCUCUCAUUCGUCUAUUCCGCCGUCUUGAAGAAUUGCUCCGACAAAUGGCACAAGCUGCUAAAGUCAUGGGCUCAGAGGAAUUAUCAACAAAGUUCGAAGAGUCACUUACUAAGAUUAGACGCGAUAUCGUUGCUGCACAAAGUUUGUACUUGUAGGUCACCUCAUCUUCCGUGCGUACAUAUGCGCGCGAGGGUGACGAAAUGGGAGCGACGACGGAAAAGCAAUGCAUGGCCGGAUGGCUGCUUGGAGUUUGGAGUUUGUUAUCAUGUUUUAUACCUCGAGGCCAGGUUGAUUUGAUUUUCGAAAGAAGGGGCUUGUUCUAUGUACAGGGCGGUCCGAUUUUGCCAUUCAGGCUACUAUUAGAUGAUAUUGUUGCAUGAGAUUCCGUGCGGGAGUUUUUUUUUUCUUUUUCUGUCUUUGUUUCUUUCUCUUUUUCAGCUCCUGAUAUUGACUUCUCUCUGCUUUUCUUUUCAUCGGGCCUGUCGAGUAGAAUGAAUACUUGGUACGUGGGCCUCGAGGUAAGUUACAUUCAUGCAGGUAGAAUAUGCAGUUUGGCAGUUUGCAGUGACAAAUUAUGAUGAUGAAUUUACUCAUGACGUUUCCC